GCACAACGACCUCCUCACCAUUUUAUUCUUUUCCUUUGCUCGGACGCAUCGGGAGCGAUGUCCGCUGAAGCCGCGCACAUUCUGAGAAAGAAAGAGAGCAUUCUUUCUCUAGAGAAGUACCUCGACCGCAAAGUUAUCGUGUCGCAGAACUGCCAUGAAAUUCACGGCGUUUUGAAAGGCUUUGAUAAUAACGUGAACCUGGUUCUGGCCGACGCUGAGAUGUGGCAUAAGGAUACGCUCAUUCGCACCCUGGGCGCUUCGGUCGUUCGCGGUGGCCCGACCACGCUUGUACUCUCAGGAGAUAUGGUGCUGAUCGCCAAUCCGUUUGCGUAA